GCCGAUAUCGCGGCCUCGCAGAACCAUGUCCACGCAAGCUCCAUACAGCAAUCACUGGAUGAGACUAACUCCCGAGCUCAUCCACUGCAUCGCGGAGCGGCUGAGCCCUUACGAGCCCGCAACGACCCUGCGACUGCUGAACAAGGAAACGGCAGCGGCCCUGCGUGGCGAGUAUGGAACAAUCGCUUUAGCACAAACAAUCUCACCAAAAGGCCUAAAAAUUGCCGUUUCGCCGUGGCCGGGACGAGCGUUCGUGGCGCACUGGUCGCGGCCCGAGCCAUGGCGCACGCUGACGCUGCAGCAGCGGCGCCAGCUGCUGUGCCUGGCAGCGUCCAGCCACGACGUCGCGAGCCUGGAGGUCGCACUGGCCUUCUCCGGCGCCGGGCUGACACGUGAGGUCGUGGACGCGGCCGCGGCGGGGGGCGACCGGGCGGCGUUGCAACGCCUGAUUGAGGAGGGGUGCGACCGCAGCGCACGAGCGGCAGAGCUCGCGGCGUGCUAUGGCCACGUGCACAUCCUGCAGUGGAUUACCGCCGACGCCGAUCCUGCGCGCUCGCUGUGGGAAGCACUGGGCUAUUACUCGGACGCCGACGUGGCGAAGGCGGCGUGCGCGGGCGGGCAGGGCCACGUGCUGACGUGGUUUGAGGGCGGCAAGCGGCAGCAGCAGCCGGCGGCAGCGGCGGCAGGGCAGCAGGCAGCGGGCCAGGAGGGGCAGGUGGGGCAGGGGGCACAGCAGGAGGGGCGGGGCGCCGAGCCAGUCAGACCAGAGGGAAUGGCCGGCCGCACUCGCAGCCAUAGCCGCCGACUGCUGCCGACGACGGCCGCCGCGCCUUCUGCACUGAGCUUCCGCGAGCUCGUCGUCGCCGCCGCUGACGGUGGGCACGUCGACCUAGUCAGCCGACUGAUGCGCCCUGACGGCGUGUACGCGAUCAGACUUGCAAUGUGGAAGAGCUUUGACUGGUCUGUGGUACUAAAUAGUGUCGCCGCUGGCUGCCCGGUGGCGUUCCUGCAGCAGUUCUACGACGACCACUUACCCUUCUGCUUCCCAGCUGUCGAUGACGAGUCCUUCAUUCUGGCCCUAAGUCAGGUGCUGUGCAGCGCACUGAGCAGCGGCGGUGACGACUGGCAGGCGAAGGCGGAGCUCCUGCUGUCGCGCUGGGCCGCGCUUGCCGCCGUGAGCGAGGCCGCGGGUGAGCGGGUGCGGGCGGCCCUGCCGGAGGCGGCGAGCUGGUGGCGGCGCACCAUCGUGAGGGAUGAAGAAGCCCGGCCCGGCAUGCUGCAGCGCUGCCGCUACCUGGCCGCUCUGGUGGAAGAGGCAGCUGCAGUGGCAGCAGCAGCCGGUGGCGGCGGCGGCGGCGGCGCGGAGGCCGCCGAGGCCAGCGGCGGGAUGAGUGAGGCCAGCGACGACUCGGGGGAGCUGGAAGGUGGCGCCUGGUGGCAGGGUGCUGCGGCGGACUGGGCGGCUACAGUUGGCGACGCUGACGCCCUGGCGGAGCUGUUGGACUGGUGGCAGUCGCCCGGCGACCAUUCGGCCUGAUCCCGCGAUGCACCUGCAUGCGUCCAUGCUCCGCACCCUGGGCGCGCUAAACAACGUUUACCCAGCUCGCCUACUUCCCUGAUCCUCGCCACGGGUGAUAGACAAAUUGCAGGC